UUUUUAAAGAGAGAGAGGAAGAGUCAGAGAUCUUCCAUCUACUGGUUCACUCCCCAGAUGGCAACAGCCAUCAUUGGUCCAAGCCGAACCUGCUAGGAGCCAAGAACUUUUUCUGGUUUUCCCAUAUGAGUGCAGGGACCCAAGCUUUUGGACCUUCCUCUGCUGCUUUUCUCAGGCCAUUAUCAGGGAGCUGGAUUAGAAGUGGAGCAGCUGGGACAUGAACUGGGGCCCAUAUGGGAUGCUGGUGUUGCAGGCUGCAGGUUUGCCUGCUUUGCCAUGAUAGAUUCCUGCCAAUGCAGAUUAUGUCUCACAAAAUUGGAUUUUUGAUACUCAUGUGGAUUGAAUUUCCCACUCCUGGCUUUGGCCAUAGCUCUUGUGGUCUUUUAAGGAGUGAACUAGAAGAUAAAGGCUCUUGCUCACUGUCUGUUUCUCUGCAUCUCAAAUAAAUAAAUAAAAAAUAAACAAAUUCACCCAAAUUGGGACACAGACAAUUUUAAGAGCUAAAAACUAUAACAUUCUUAUAGAACUCAUAGAAGAAAACACAAGGGUAAAUCUUCAUGACUUUUGAUUUGGUAAUGGAUUCUUCGAAAAGACACCAAAAGCAUAAGCAAAAAAAAAGAAAGGCAUAAAUAAAUUGAGUUACAUUAAAAUUAAAAACUUUUGUGCAUCAAGGGAAUCUAUCAAGUAAGUAGAAAGACAACUUACAAAAUGGGGGGGGGUACUGCAAAUCUGGUAAGGAUCUAGUAUCCAUAAUAUAUUUUUAAAAUCCUUUCAACUCAGCAACAAGUAAAUGGGCAAAGACUUGAAUAGGCAUUUCUCCAAAGAAGAUAUGCAAAGGACCAACAAGCACGUUAAAAGAUACUCAGCACCAUUGGCCAUUAAGGAAAUGCAAACCAGAACCACAAUGAGAUAUCAUCUACACACUCCCCAGGAUGGCUGUAAUUUAAAAACAAAACACAAAAGUUACAAGCAUUAGUGAGGAGGUGGAGAAAUUGAAAUGCUUAUACUUUGCUGAUGGGACUAUAAAUGGUAGAGCCGCUGUGGAAAACAGUUUGGCAUUUUCUCAAAAAGUUAAAUAUAGUUACCAUAUGACCCAGCAAUUCUUAUCUUAGGUAUAUACCCAAAAUAGUUGGAAACAUGUAUUCAAACAAAUAGUUGUACAUAGAAUGUUCACAAAAAAGCACUAUUCACAGUAGCCACAAGGUGGAAACAGCACAGAUGUCCUUUACUGGAUGAAUGGAUGAGCAACAUGUGAUAUAUGCUGUACAAUGCAAUAUUUUUAGCUGUAGAAAGGAAUGAAGUACUGAAACAUGCUAUAAUGUAGCUGAACCUUGAAGCAUUAGGCUAAACGAAAAAAGGCACAUAUAGAAAGUCACAUAUUGUGUGAUUGUAUUUGUAUGAAAUUUCCAAAAGAGAAAUUCACAGGGACAUUGUCAAGGGGCGGAGAAGGAGGAAUUUGAGUGACUGUUUAAUGAGUACAGCAUUUCAUUUUGGAGUGAUGGAAAAAUCUUGGACUCAGGUAGAAGCUAUGGUUGCACAACAUUGUAAACAUAGGAAAUUGUAUAUCUUAAAAUGGUUAAUAUUACAUCAUGUGAAUUUUACCUCAAUUUUAAAAAUUACAUCAUACAGUUUCUGUGAUCUCACAAAUAACUGACUCUGCAGUCAUAGUUACCUGUGACUGUUGGAACCCACGUCCUUUAUAGCAUUAGUAUGCUGGGAAGUUCUUUCCAGCUGUGGGCAGGAAAUCUCAAAGACAGAUGGUCCCAAGACUGAACUGCAACCGCAGCAACAAGUGACCCUUUAAAGAUGCACACGGGGCUGCGUAAAGUGGGGAAGGCAACUGGAGAACAUGAAGUAAGGAAAAAGUGUAUUUCCCAGGUUUAAUAAAGUAAACCUGUUUUCUGCAAACAACUGAAAAAGCUGCCCUCUGACUGUUUCUUGGGUCCUCAUGAAGUAGCUGGAACUUGUACUGUGAGGCCCUUGAUGGGACAAGCUCUCACCUGCUGAUCACGCAGUGACUGUCACCAUGGCCAGCAAGAGAAAAUCCACCACCCCUUGCAUGAUCCCAGUGAAGACGGUGGUGCUGCAGGACGCCAGCGUGGAGACCCAGCCUGCUGAGGCCGGGCCUGAUGGACCCCAGCAGGACCUGCCUCCAGAAACGCCUGCUACCAGCAGUGAGGCAGCCCAGAACCCAGGUCCUGACGGCCCUGCACUGGCCAAUGGGCAUCGGAGCACUUUGGAUGGCUAUUUAUACUCCUGUAAAUACUGUGACUUCAGAUCCCAGGAUGUGGCCCAAUUUGUGGGACACAUGAACUCAGAGCACACAGACUUCAACAAAGACCCAACUUUUGUAUGCACUGAGUGCAGUUUUUUGGCAAAAACCCCUGAGGGACUUUCCCUGCACAAUGCCAAGUCUCACUUGGGGGAAGCCAGCUUUGUGUGGAAUGUGGCCAAGCCAGACAAUCAUGUGGUCGUGGAGCAGAGUGUCCCCGAGGGCACAGGCACUUCUGACCCAGCAGGUGAGCCCAAUGCCGAAGGGACUGAUGGACAGGCUGAAAUCAUUAUUACCAAAACUCCAAUCAUGAAGAUAAUGAAAGGUAAAGCUGAAGCCAAAAAAAUUCAUACACUCAAGGAGAACGUCCCUAGCCAACCCGUGGGUGAGGCCUUGCCAAAGCCGUUGGCUGGAGAAACAGAGGUGAAAGAGGGCGACCACUCCUUUGUCAAUGGAGCGACUCCCGUCAGCCAGGCAUCUUCCAGCUCCACUAAGCCCCCGCAUGCCACCAACGGGCCCCUGAUAGGCACAGUGCCAGUGUUGCCAGCUGGCAUAGCACAGUUCCUCUCCCUCCAGCAGCAGCCCCCAGUGCAUGCUCAGCAUCACGCCCACCAGCCCCUGCCCACGUCCAAGGCCCUUCCCAAAGUGAUGAUUCCCUUGAGCAGCAUUCCAACGUACAAUGCGGCCAUGGACUCCAACAGCUUCCUGAAGAACUCCUUCCACAAGUUCCCCUACCCCACCAAAGCUGAGCUCUGCUAUUUGACUGUGGUGACCAAGUAUCCAGAGGAACAGCUCAAGAUCUGGUUCACAGCCCAGAGGCUGAAACAAGGUAUCAGCUGGUCUCCCGAGGAGAUUGAGGAUGCCCGGAAGAAGAUGUUCAAUACAGUGAUCCAGUCUGUACCUCAGCCCACAAUCACAGUCCUAAACACCCCUUUGGUCGCCAGUGCAGGCAACGUCCAGCACCUCAUCCAGGCCGCUCUCCCAGGCCAUGUGGUGGGGCAGCCCGAGGGCACAGCAGGGGGACUUCUGGUCACUCAGCCGCUGAUGGCCAAUGGGCUGCAAGCCCCAAACUCAUCUCUCCCCCUGUCUGUUACAUCUGUCCCUAAGCAGCCAGCUGUGGCACCCAUUAACACUGUGUGCUCAAAUACAGCCUCAGCUGUGAAGGUGGUCAAUGCAGCCCAGACGCUCCUCACGGCGUGCCCCAGCAUAACUUCCCAAGCCUUCCUGGAUGCUAACAUCUACAAAAAUAAGAAAUCUCAUGAACAGCUGUCAGCUCUGAAAGGGAGCUUCUGUCGGAACCAGUUCCCUGGGCAGAGUGAAGUUGAGCAUCUGACCAAGGUGACCGGCCUCAGUACCAGGGAGGUACGGAAAUGGUUCAGUGAUCGGAGAUACCACUGCCGGAACCUGAAGGGCUCCAGAGCCAUGAUGCCCGGAGAGCCAGGUUCCAUCAUCAUUGACUCUGUGCCAGAGGUGCCCUUCUCCCCGUCGGCCAAGGCCUCAGAGGUGACCUGCAUCCCCAUGGCAGCCACACUAGCAAGCCACCCUGCCGCCAAGCGACAGUCCUGGCACCAGACUCCUGACUUCACACCAACCAAGUACAAGGAGCGAGCCCCCGAGCAGCUCAGAGCCCUGGAGAGCAGUUUUGCACAAAACCCCCUUCCUCUUGACGAGGAACUGGACCGCCUGAGAACUGAAACCAAAAUGACUCGAAGAGAAAUUGAUAGCUGGUUUUCAGAAAGACGGAAAAAAGUGAAUGCCGAGGAGACCAAGAAGACCGAUGAGACGGCCUCUCAGGAGGAAGAGGAGGCUGCGGAGGAUGAGGGUGGAGAAGAGGGGGUCCUUGGCGAAGACGGCUCCGCACAGGUGCCCGGCAGCCACGUCUCAGCGGAGCGCAAAGUCAGCCCCAUCAAAAUCAACCUGAAGAACCUGCGGGUCACAGAAGCCAAUGGCAAGAGUGAGCUUCCAGGGCUGGGUGCCUGUGAGCCCGAGGACGAUGGCUCCAGCAAGCUGGCAGAGCAGCCCCCCGGCAGAGUGAGCUACAAGAAGACGGCCCAGCAGCGGCACUUGCUGCGGCAGCUCUUUGUCCAGACACAGUGGCCAAGCAACCAGGACUACGACUCCAUCAUGGCCCAGACAGGUCUGCCACGGCCUGAGGUGGUGCGCUGGUUCGGGGACAGCAGGUACGCUCUGAAGAAUGGCCAGCUCAAGUGGUACGAAGACUACAAGCGGGGCAACUUCCCACCAGGGCUGCUGGUCAUUGCCCCCGGCAACCGUGAGCUGCUACAGGACUACUACGUGACACACAAGAUGCUGUAUGAGGAGGACCUGCAGAGCCUCUGUGACAAGACCCAGAUGAGCUGCCAGCAGGUUAAGCAGUGGUUUGCAGAGAAGAUGGGCGAGGAGACCCGGGCUGUAGUGGAUACAGGCAGUGAGGACCAGGGCCCUGGUGCUGGCGAGCCUGCGGCCAUUCACAAAGGGGUUGGUGACACCUAUUCGGAAGUAUCUGAAAACAGUGAGUCGUGGGAGACAAGUGCCCCUGAGGCCAGCUCAGAGCCCUUUGAGACGUCGAGUCCCCAGGCCGGACCUCAGCUCGAAACAGACUGAAUCUGAUCGGAUCACUGUGAAGGACGGGCCGGUCUGGACGCUGCCUGCCACAGGAAGAGCCAAACCCGACUGCUCCACGUGCUGUUCCUGGCCACCAGGCACCAGGAGAGCCUCUGCAGGCCACGCAGCAGCCACAGCCCGCCGCCACUGCCCUCGCCCUGCCCGCCACCACGCCAGUGGAGGAAGUAGGGUUCUCGUCAGUUCUUCCUCCCACAAUGUAGGACCUUUCCUUUGCCUUCCAGUGGAUAAAAUCAUUCAGAUUUUAUAUUCAUAGAAUCAAGUUUUUAACAUAUACAUCCGCCUAUAUACAUUUAAUAAACAUCAGAUUGCAGACACUUUCAUUACAUAGAAACUUUGGUUAGCACAGCAGUACAUUAUCCUGUGCAUCAUCUCUGAAAAUGCCCUGUGUCUGUUCUCUGGGAAGUGCUGGGGCCACAGGUGCCCCUCACCUUCCCCCAUUGAGCAGGGGCUUUUAGCCCACUCAGGGCCAUGGCCGGAGCCCCCAGCUGCCCCCCUUGCCUUCCUCAAGGAAGCAGUAACUGAAGAGGUCUCUGCUGUGAGUUCUGAGCAGCCCCAGUUCAGCCAGGCUGGCCUGGCCUUGAGGGCCCACAGCGCAGGACCCACUGUUCCCUUCUGUCCCAGAGCCGGCCCGCCCCCAAGAUCAGCACUGCAUGCUUCCAUUCUCUCCAGCUGCCACCACCCUGCUGCCUCGCUUGUUACAGCAGUUUGAAUCGUGGACCAUAGCUUUUCUGUUACCAGCUAAAGUAUCUGUUGAUAAGCCUAAUGCACUGACCUAUGUGCCUGUUUCCUCUCCCCAGCCACGUGUAGGGUGAGAGGAAAGUGGGAGAAGGGGGUGGGGGAGGAUGGAAGCUGACGUGCCAGCCACGCUGUGGCCAUAGCUAUGGUGCUGAGGUCUUCAGGGCCCUUCCUCAGCCCAGGACAGAGCUGCCUGGGGCAGGAGAGCACACUGGUGCAGCAGCAACAGUGUGGGCUAAAGGGAUUUGAGGACUUCCUGGAAUUGUUGGAGCUGGACUGGUUUUCUGCAUGAAGACCUGCAUAGGGGUUCCUGGCGGAACACACAGAGGCCUGCCCCUACCAAGGGCCUGGCAGGCUGCUCAACACAUGCCUCAUGGGUGCUGGGCACCACUGGUCAGAUUGGAAUGUAUCACCCAAAUUGGAAGCUACUCUAUCCACUUCCAUCUAACCCUCCUAUCCUUUUGCAGAUUGAGAGAAUCAGGAGAAAAGGGACCUUUGAAACACUGAGAACUUGUUCACGGAGCUCUACGCAAACCCCCUACUUCCUCAAGCUAGCUGCUGUGAGAGCAGCAGGUAGCAGGGCCACCAAGGAUUUGUCACGUGUGGUCCCACUCACCUCUCAGAAGCCACUGCUUCCUGGGCCCAGCUGGGAGGAGAAUCAGGAGACUCCAGAGGAGGGGGUGGGCACCUUGGGCCAGACCUGGCCGUGUUUUAGGCACUGUCUUCUUCCCCAUCCCACCCAGGGUGCCUGCAUGGGGGUGGCGUCUUCCGCCUCCCUGGAGAGGGCACUCUGUGGAAACCAAAAGCCCUAGAACCCUCACUCUUGUCAAGUACUCGCCUGCCUUCCCUGGUCCAACAAGGGGCACUCGUUUCAAACAGGGAAGUUGUGGGUACUUGGCAGGUGCUGCAGCUUAGUGUCGCACCCUUUCCAUUUGGGGACUGAGGUCUUUGCUUCCGAAAGCCUUUGAGGAACUGCCAAGAAUGGUGAGUGAUGGAUUGCCUUCCUUAGAGAACAGACACCUGGGACAUUCCCCUUUGUGUUUAUGUACAUGCAGGUUAAUUUAUAUAUACACACAUACAGCGCACGUACUCAUCAGCUGCUUUACUCCUAAAACGUCCACUUGAGGAACUUUGUGGCACCUGGGUAUUGGGGAAGUGUAUUGGAGGGAAUGUGGGUGCACGGGGCAGCUGGGGUGGCCCUGCAUGAAGCCAUCUCCAAGUGUCCGAGAAACCACCCGGUGUGCCUCACCUCCAGAACCCUGCAUGUGGUGGCCAAAGGGCUGUGUCUGUCGGAAAGGAUUUUUCUGGGUUAUUUUGUUACCACUGAUGUUUGAUUUAUAACCCAAACAGAAAAAAAAAAAAUGUUAUGUGGUGGAUAAGGUCAUUGAGGACACAGAGAGCAGCCAGCCUUGGGCACCAGCUCGCUUUUAGGUGGAAAAGUGCUAGUGCUGCCUGCCCCGGCGUGUUUUUCUUGCAGAUGUUGGCUCUGUCCACUAGCCAGGGCCACGCUGCAAAUGGCAGGACUGCCCAGGUAAGGAAUCCCUAGACUGGGUAGACCCUCCCUCCUCCUUCCUGUGAUCUUGGAUGGGGCUAAAUAAGGGUGGCUUGGACCUUAAUGCUUGAAACAGUAUAAUCAAAGGUGACAGAGGCAGUCACCAAGCAGGUGCUUAAACGGAUGUGGUGGUAGAUACCAGGGCUUGGGUGGAAAGAUCUGUAUGCAGCCAGCUGAGCACAGAUACCCUCCCCGCCCCGCCUCAGCCAGAGAUGUGGUCCCAUCACAGGACAGACCGCUGUGACAGCCUGCAGUCGUAGGUGUGGUCUGUGGGUGCGCAGCUGAGAGGUGCAGUGAGGUCACUGUCAUGAAGAAGCCCUUUUUGUGGUGACUCAUAAUGUCUCUUCUCUGCACUUGGACUUGGAGGUAGUAAGAUCAUCUUGUAGUUUCUUGUCUCUUGCGACUUCUAGUUGCCUAAGUUCUUUUUUUACAUGGGUUGUAGAUCCAGUUUUAAUAGGUAAAACCAGAUCAGCAUUCUGAUAAAGGAACUUUGAACUUAUGAUACAUAUACUUUUCAUAUUUUAAUUAUUUGUUUUAAUUUUUGACAAUAGCAGAGACCUUUUAUUUUGGGAUUGGGGAGUAUCAUUCUGGGGAGUCCUGGGCUCCUGAAAACCGUGCCAUGGCCAGCUGCUUGCCAGCACUUUGGGUGUGACGUAUGAUGGUGUGACGUAGAGCUCCUUUUUAUCGGCCAAGCAACAGGCGGCUGUUCUGGUGGACCAAAGCGCCGUGACCCAAAGACCCAAGUACAGUGCCUCUCUGGAGGCAGAAGGAGGGAGCGGGGCAGGGUGUUACGUGGUACCUUGUGGGCUCCCACAUGUUCUAAUGGCUUCGUCCCCAGCUGGCUUUGGGAGGCUGUCCCUCUAGGAAGUUGCAGUGUGUUCUCCAGGCUGAGCUGUGGCUCCUCUGAGUUUUACCCUGCUCAGUAGCCCAGUGACAGGUCCUGUGUCCCCUCCCUUCUGCUCUGGGACGUCUGUCCCAUGAUUGCCUCCUGUGGAAGGUAGCUGUCGGCCUUCCUGGGUGGAUGUUGGUCUUUCUGUGCACAUCCUCUCCCUCACUCCUUUCUUAUGCUCUGUCCCUGUCCUGGGUCCUGUUGCCUCUUGUCUUCCUAGUCUUUCCUUGGACCCAAAUCCUCAGAUUGGAGCAGGUUUUCCAGCUCAGGCAUCACAGCUCCCUUGGAUAAAAGCAUUUUAAAGGAGAGGAGAAGCAGCCAAGAAGAAAAUCUUAGGCAAAACCUAACCUGGAGUUUGAGAUCUUCCUAAAGUCACCACCUGUCUUCCUUGCUCAGUUUACCUGGGGGUGUUUAACUCAAUUUUUGCAUAUUCUUUUGUAUCAUACCACAGUCAUUUGCAAGGCUAGAGAACUCACUAGACAUAUAAAGGUGCACACAGCCAACCCUUCCAGGCAAAGGCCUAACAGAACUUGGUUCUCCUCUUUCCAGACAUGGAGCGUCUUCAUUAGGGUCUAACUCAGCUUCCUUCUCUCUUUUCCCUGUUAACCAGCCCUCCUGGCCUGCCCCAGAGAACCUCCAGCAUCUGAGCAAGCAGGGAGCUGUGGGCUCAGGUCUCUCCUGGACCUGGCAUCAAGCUGAGGUACCCACCAUCUGGUUCGCUCUGAUCAUUUAAGUGGGGUCUGGGGAAUGGCUGAGCUGUGCAGCGACCUCAAGAACAUGGACUGGUUUUGCUUCUGACCUUUACUGGGUGGAAGUGGAGUUCGAGGUGGCUCCUUGAUUGCUGCCUGCCCCAGCUCUUAGUUCCAAUGGCACCUGACAGGUCUCGGUUAGAAUUCCUUUCUGCUGGAGUCUGCGUUUGCCCCCAGCCAGGUCCCCCUGGGAAGGCUGGGGUGAGGGAGGCCACAGACAUGCUCCCAGAUCGAGUCUGUGUUUUGUUGUGAAGUAGGAGCAGCACACACCAAGCAUGUGGCCCUAGACACACUUGAGACCCUGCUUUUUGGCUUAGCAGCCGUGAGCUCACUUGUCAGGAUGAGCCAGCCAGGGCCUGGUCCUUCACCAGAAUGGAGGUAAGACAGAAAUGCAUCAGCCCCGGACGCAGCAGGAAUGUUUCUGAAGUCUGGAGCAGGGGAGGAGCCUGGAGCCUGGGGGCUAUGUUAGGCAGACUCUGGUUACCAUGUGGACAAGAUCAGGAGCAAGCAUCUGCUUCCUUGACUUUUAGAAAUUGUUUUGAUUGGCAGGCCGAAAGAAAUCCCUCAGAGUGGAUGUGCAGUUGCUGCUCUGUUGUUGCAGCUAUCAGAGCCUGGCUCUGCUGCUGCUCCAGCAGGAGCCGAGCAGAGUGGGCACAGGGCGCAGUUCUGGAGAGCACACUGGCACCUUCCUUCUGUGCCCGUGUGGGCAGAGGGCCAGGGUCCAUGGAAGGAGCCUGUGUGGUACCUGCCGGCAGGCCUGUUCCUUCAGACCGGCUCGGGGAGGGUGGGUGGUGGACAUGGUGCAUGCGCGGAUGAGCAGCUUUUCCUGGUCAUUGCUUUUUCAUUUCCUUCUUUAUAAAUGGACAGUUGAGGAUUACUUGUUGUGACUGCAGUUGAAGGUGAAAUUGUCUAGGAUACAGGUUGUUGAGUCACUAUGAGAAGACUGGUCUUUCCUGGGAGGAAAUCCCAGCCAGUAGAAUCACUGUGAAAGAAUGAAAAUCCACCACGUGGUACCUACGAGUCUUGUGAUUUGUGCUUCAAGAUUCUUCUCAUUCAUCCCUGGUGCGUGCCCGCCCAGCUGUCUCUUGCAGUUUGCUUGACAUGGGGCCAGAGCCUGAUGGCACUCUCAGAGCUGGCACCCCCUCCUUAGCAGGGACCUGGCACUAUAAUAGGACUGCUCCUCAUGAAACUGGGCGAGGGAAGUGGGCACCCUUGUGCAAGCUCCCACCGCACGUCUGAGCAGCCACUUUGUUCAGCUGUUUCGGGGAGGUCAGACUGUGCCAUAACUGUUAUUUAAAAAUCAAGCCAACCCUCCUCUUUCCUCUGCUGGCCAUUGUUCAUUGAGUUUCACUGAGCACAGCCUUUGUGGAAGUCAGGGAGGUUGCCAAAGGUUUGCAGAUCCCUUCCUGACCAAGUCCCAGUCCCUGCACGCUAGCCCCUGUCUGCGUUCUGGUCUUCAAUGCAAACCCUGCUGAGGUGUGACUGGGGAGGACUGGGGAGCAGCCUGCCUUUGCUGCACUUCCUGCCUCCCAGAGAUAGCCGAAGAAGUGAUCAUCCUGGUGCUAAGUGAAAAGCAAACUGAAACUUUAGCCAAACUGACAGUGCGAGAGGGCCCCACCCCUACUGUGGCCAACCCUCAGACCCCAAACGAAGGAAGCGGCACAGUCCUAGCAUUGAGAUCUGCGGGGAGCCCUGGGAAUUCUGGACCCGGGGUCAGUGUUUACAGGACACAACGUGCCUUUGGUUUGGACGCGGGUUGUGCCGAGUGGGGCUGCCCUCCCUGGGCUCAGUCUCCAGGCCUCACAAGGUCCCCUGUGGGGAUGCUGCUAUUUCUAAGAUGCAAAUUGCACAUUUCCUAGAUUUUUGUAUCUGUGGAUUUGGAUAAGGGAGGGGAACAGGGACAAAUUGCUUGUACAGUUUGAAAUGGGCCUCCAUGGUACUUCAAGCCCUUUGAUUGUUCCUAAAUAAAAAUGUAAAUACAUUUUA